AUGCGGUGUUCCAAGCUGGGAGAGCUGCCAAAGCAGUUAUUGGAACCACUGCACAGUCAACUGGGACGUCUUGCAAGCGAAGAGAUCUACUGCUACAGUUCUCUUGUGCUGUGUUUUCACAUUCAGUUGUUCCAAUUUGCUCAGAACACAAUCACUGCGAUCAGGAUGUCUUCUUGGAGGAAAGCCGGCUUGACCUACAACACAUACCUUUCGGUGGCUGCCAAGACCGUGAGGGCAGCCUUGAAGCCAGAGUUACAGACUUCCAAGGUGUUGGCCAGAUCUAAGACCGAGGCCCGUUACGUGAAGUACGAAAAGGGCAGUCCUACCUCGGACCCAGUGCCUCUACAAGAGUAA